ACGGAGGAGUGGUCGCUGGCGUGCGGUGAAGGGCGAAAAGUGUACGGAACAUGGUUAGUCUACGUUACCUGACACAAUAGUGACUACUGCAAAUCCACGUUUCGUUGCCUGGAUACCAGUUUUUUUCUGUGAAGUGCAGCGAUCCAUUUAUUUCUCCUUUCGGUGUUUUUUUGGCAGUCUGUAAAACGAUAGCUUCGAAUUCUUGUUGAAUCUGGUAUCGCAGUCUAUCGCACAACAACUUUCCCCCAUUUUAGCCGUGUUUUCGCGGAUUUCACGCUGAACGCUCAGUGGGCGGAGCCGCACGCGCUCCAGCUGACGGUGACGUGGUAGGAAGUGGAGACUCGUCCAUCUUUUUUACAGUCUAUGGAUUCAGCUGAAGAAACGAAAAGGUGUCCAAAUACACAGAAAAACUCUGUGAAGCAACUGAGAUCGACGUGACACACUAUUAUAAAGAUGGCGUUUAUUAAAGAGGAGAGUGAAGACAUUAAGAUCGAAGAAACAUUCACAGUCAAACAUGAAGAUACUGAGACACAAACAGACCUGAUGCCGCUGAAAGAGAAAAGUGAAGAACCAAAUGAAAUGGAAGGCAAAGAUCAGUAUAAGAAACAUUAUUUCACUGGAGAAAAUUUUAGUUGCUCACAAACUAGACAGACUUUACAAAAGAAAGCUCAAAAGACAGGAACUAGAAGUCAUUUCAAUUGCCAACAAUGUGGAAAGAGUUUUAAUAAAAAAAGAACCUUUAACAUUCACAUUAGAAUUCACACAGGAGAGAAACCUUACACCUGCUCUCAAUGUGGACUAAGCUUCACUCAAAAAGGAACCCUUAACAGGCACAUUAGAAUUCACACUGAAGAGAAGACUUACACCUGCAAACUGUGUGGAAAUAGUUUCAUGCAAAAAGGAGACCUUAAAAACCACAUGAGAAUUCAUACUGGAGAGAAGCCUUACACCUGCCAACAGUGUGGAAAGAGUUUCUGUCAAAAAGGAAAUCUCAAAGUCCACAUGAGUGUUCACACUGGAGAGAGAUAUUUUAACUGCCAACAAUGUGGAAAAAGUUUCACUAAAAAAGAAAGCCUUGAAAUCCAUUUGAGAAUUCACACUGGUGAGAAACCUUACACCUGCCAACAGUGUGGAAAGAGUUUCUGUCAAAAAGGAAAUCUCAAAGUCCACAUGAGUAUUCACACUAAAGAGAGCGAUUUCAACUGCCAACAAUGUGGGAAAAGUUUCACUAAAAAAGAAAGCCUUGAAAUCCAUUUGAGAAUUCACACUGGUGAGAAGCCCUACAAUUGCCAACAAUGUGGAAAAAGUUUCAUUAAAAAAGGAACCCUUAAAAUGCACAAUAGAAUUCACACUGGAGAAAAACCUUUUGUCUGCCCUCAAUGUGGACUAAGCUUCACUCAAAAAGGAACCCUUAACAGCCACAUUAGAAUUCACACUGGAGAGAAGCCUUACACCUGCAAACUGUGUGGAAAUUGUUUUACUCGAAAAGGACGCCUCAAAACCCACAUGAGAUUUCAUACUGUAUAGAAUCCUUAUACCUGC